AUGGUCCGGAUUACUGUUCAAGCCAGGGAUGUCAAAGAGGGUCUAUCCCAACUUAUCUCGGGGUAUUUCCCAUCGAUUCAAGCGGCGGACUUCUCGUUUCGGCCGGUAUUGCCGCCUUGCCAGUCGUGGCUUGUAUCAGCUUCACCGCGAUUCUCGUUUCACUACUCCUUGUUGAUCGAAAAUGCUGGGAAAAGUGGGAUGACUUCCUGGGAGUAUCGGUUAUAACAAAAAAAAGAAAAAAAAAAAACAAAAAAAACUGUAUAUUUUGAUGCGAUUUUGCCAUCCCCCUACUUUGCGCGCACUGCUCAAAACUUACCUUCGAUCCUCCACAAACUUACGUAGUGAAGCUGAAAUUUCAAAGUGGUUUUGACCUCAUAACCCGGGCUACGUCUCGUGGGACGUUUUAAGCCGGAACCAUAGUGCCGACCGCGGUAUUGAGGCGAGCUUUCGCUACAUUACCCACGUUGGGGACCUCGUUCACCCGCCUUAACUUCGGACCAGCACACGGGCCCCCGCUCAUGGCUGCUCGGAGGGGAAAGAGGACUCUCGGCCGAGCGCCCCAGGUCUCGGCACCACCGAUUACCGAACUCUGCGGCGUACCGGUGGCUCCAGCUUGA